CACCACAAAAGCUGAAACUAGCAAAAUGAAAAGCUAAUUAAGCACGCAAAGGAAAAUAAACCCAUAAACAAGUAAAAAAUAGUGCAUGCCAGGGUAUAGGUAAAAAAAUCGCUAUUUGGAGUUACAUUACAUAGUAGAAUACAAGUACACUUGCAGCUGCAGCAGCAGAGCAAGUCAGUAGCAGUAGCAGUAGCCCACCCCCACUCCACUAACUUCCACUCUCUGCCUUCCACUUUCCUCUUUCCAGUUCUGCAGAAAGAAAGAAAGAAAGACACCAUCUUUAUACACAUGUACGCAUAAUCUCAAUCCUACUUCACCUCAUCAAAUAAUCCAAGAAAUAGACGAACCCAUAUGUUCAAUUUCCUUUCUUUUAUAAUGCCUGCUACUCCCUCUUGAGCAACAUUUCCCCCCAACUCCCUCUUUCUUUCUUUCUUUCUUUCUUUCUUUCCUCCCUUCCAUUCCCAUACAACAAACAGAAAGACAAAAGAAGAAGCAUGAUGAUGAAGCCAUUGGUGCUGUUUCUGCUGCAGCUGUUAAUGUCAUCAUGCCUUGUGAUGGUUGACUGUUUUGGUCCAUGCGAGCUGGACAGAGUGGUUCAGCUGCCCGGCCAGCCGCCGGUGAUGUUCCAGCAGUAUUCUGGCUACAUCACCGUCGAUGAAAAGAAGCAGAAAUCUCUGUUCUACUACUUUGCUGAAGCUGAAUUCGACCCAUUUUCCAAGCCGCUCGUCCUCUGGCUCAACGGAGGGCCCGGUUGUUCUUCUCUGGGAGUUGGGGCAUUUUCUGAGAAUGGGCCGUUUAGACCAAAUGGGCAAGUCUUGAUUAGGAAUGAACACAGCUGGAACACAGAAGCGAAUAUGUUGUACUUGGAGGCGCCAAUUGGAGUUGGGUUCCCUUAUGCCGCGGAUUCCUCUGCAUAUGACGGCGUCACUGAUCUCAUCACCGCCAGGGACAAUCUGGCCUUCUUGCAAAAAUGGUUCCUCAAAUUCCCGCAGUACAAGAACAGAAGCUUGUUCAUAACUGGAGAAAGCUAUGCAGGUCAUUACAUACCCCAGCUGGCAGAGCUAAUGCUACAGCACAACAAGAAGGAAUAUCUCUUCAAUUUGAAAGGACUUGCUCUGGGGAAUCCAGUGCUUGAAUUUGCCACAGACUUCAACUCGAGGGCAGAGUUCUUCUGGUCCCACGGCCUAAUCUCAGACACCACCUACAAAAUGUUCACCUCCACUUGCAACUACUCCCGCUAUGUCAGUGAGUACUACAGAGGUUCAGUCUCGGCUCCUUGUUCGAGGGUGAUGACCCAAGUCAGCACCGAGACCAGCAAAUUCGUGGACAAGUAUGAUGUCACUCUCGACGUCUGCAUUUCGUCAGUCCUCUCUCAAACCAAAGCACUGCGUCCUCAGGAAGUUGCUGAAUCGAUCGAUGUCUGUGUGGAAGACGAGACUGUUAAUUACCUCAACAGGGUCGAUGUCCAGAUGGCUCUCCAUGCUCGUCUCGUUGGAGUUCGGAGAUGGAGCGUGUGUAGCAACAUACUGGAUUAUGAGCUGCUUGAUUUGGAGAUACCGACGAUAGGGGCGGUGGGGAGACUCGUCAAGGCUGGAAUCCCAGUGCUAGUUUACAGUGGAGACCAGGACUCAGUUAUUCCACUGACUGGAAGUAGGAUGCUGGUGAACGGACUGGCUAAGGAAUUGGGUUUGAGAACUUCUGUGCCUUACAGGGUUUGGUUUGCUGGGCAGCAGGUAAUAACUAGGGUUGGUGGGUGGACUCAAGUGUAUGGGAACAUCUUGUCUUUUGCUACCAUAAGAGGAGCAUCCCAUGAAGCACCAUUCUCUCAGCCUGAGAGGUCACUGGUUUUAUUCAAGGCCUUCCUAAAAGCUCAGCCUCUACCUGAGGCUUUCUGACGAUUGGUUCAAGUUGUGGAAAUUGAAUGUAGGAAAUCUGUAUAGUUCCUUUCUAUUUUCCCUUUUGAAGAAUGUGUUGGUAGUUUGUGAAGUGGAGUUCUAUGAAACAAAGGAAAGAAAUAAAGGGAUUGGAAGUGCAGUUUAUUUUUGAAGCUAGGGAACUCCUAAGGAGGUUCUACUGGAGCUUUUAGAAAAGUGGGGAACUACUACAAGUGGGGCUCCCACUUUCAUUUCAAGAGAACUGAAUUCCAAGGCUAGAAUGGGUUUUGAUAAGAGAACAGACAGAGUUAGGUUUGGAUUGCUAUCUACAGCAGCAGAGUCAUCCAUAGCUUCUUGUGGAUCUUGCAUCGACACAGAUGCUAUAGCUGGCUGCACUGUCCUUAUCCUGUCAACAUAUUCCAGUCAAGCAAAAUGUUUUUCUUCUAUACGAAGUAACAAGCUUAUAGUAGGUAGAAUGGAGUGAAGCAUAUACCUGCAUUUAAGGUUGCAAGUGUACUUCAGUAGGUUUGGAUUGCACUCAGUUCGGCCGCUGCAAUUUUUCAGUUACAGUAAUCACUAAUC